AUGGCCUGCAAAAUGCGAGUCACGGCGGUGGCUCUUCUUCUGCUUGCGCUUUUAGCGGCGUCGGCGUUUGUAACGCCGGGAUCCGCGAGGUCCCUCGCUCCGCGCCGCAGUCUUGUUCUUAAAGCCCAAUCACUUCUGAAGGCAACCGCAACCAGACCAGUUUUGACAAGUGUUGAUAUGGGCGACGGCACUGAAGUUGAUUUGGGCGGCGGCGGCACUGGCGGAGAUUUCGGCGGCGACAUUGGCGGAGAUUUGGGCGGCGACAUUGGCGGAGAUUUGGGCGGCGACAGUGGCGGAGACCUGGGCGGCGGCAGUGGCGGAGACCUGGGCGGCGGCAGUGGCGGAGACCUGGGCGGCGGCAGUGGCGAAGAUCUGGGCGGCGGCAGUGGCGGAGACCUGGGCGGCGGAAGUGGCGGAGACCUGGGCGGCGGAAGUGGCGGAGACCUGGGCGGCGGAAGUGGCGGAGAUCUGGGCGGCGGCAAUGGCGGAGAGCAGGGCGGACCUGGCGGAGAGCAGGGCGGACCCGGGGGGCAGCAGGGCGGACCCGGCGGACAGCAGGGCGGACAGGGCGGACCUCCGCAGGGAGGUCAGCAGGGCGGAGAGCAGGGCGGACAGCAAGGCGGACGUGGCGGACCGCCGCAGCAGGGCGGACAGCAGGGCGGGCAGCAGGGCGGGCAGCAGGGCGGGCAGCAGGGCGGGCAGCAGGGCGGGCAGCAGGGCGGGCAGCAGGGCGGACAGCAGGGACCGCCGCAGCAGGGCGGACAGCAGGGACCGCCGCAGCAGGGCGGACAGCAGGGCGGGCAGCAGGGCGGACAGCAGGGAGGACAGCAGAGCGGGCAGCAGGGCGGACAGCAGGGAGGACAGCAGAGUGGGCAGCAGGGCGGACAGCAGGGAGGACAGCAGAGCGGGCAGCAGGGCGGACAGCAGAGCGGACCUCCGCAGCAGGGCGGCCAGCAGGGCGGACAGCAGGGCGGACAGCAGGGACCGCCGCAGGGCUUUACUGGCGGACAGCAGAGCGGGCAGCAGAGCGGGCAGCAGGGCGGAUCUGGCGGACCGCCGCAGCAGGGCGGACAGCAGGGGGGACCUGGCGGACCGCCGCAGCAGGGCGGACAGCAGGGAUCGCCUCAGCAGGGCGGACAGCAGAGCGGGCAGCAGGGCGGACAGCAGGGAGGACAGCAGAGCGGGCAGCAGGGCGGACAGCAGGGAGGACAGCAGAGUGGGCAGCAGGGCGGACAGCAGGGAGGACAGCAGAGCGGGCAGCAGGGCGGACAGCAGAGCGGACCUCCGCAGCAGGGCGGCCAGCAGGGCGGACAGCAGGGCGGACAGCAGGGACCGCCGCAGGGCUUUACUGGCGGACAGCAGAGCGGGCAGCAGAGCGGGCAGCAGGGCGGAUCUGGCGGACCGCCGCAGCAGGGCGGACAGCAGGGGGGACCUGGCGGACCGCCGCAGCAGGGCGGACAGCAGGGAUCGCCUCAGCAGGGCGGACAGCAGAGCGGAUUUGGCGGACAGCAGGGCGGACAGCAGGGCGGACAGCAGGGACCGCCGCAAGGCUUUACUGGCGGACAGCAGAGCGGACAGCAGGGCGGAUCUGGCGGACCGCCGCAGCAGGGCGGACAGCAAGGCGGACGGGGCGGACCCCCGCAGCAAAGCGGACAGCAGGGCGGACAGCAGGGCGGACCGCCGCAGCAGGGCGGACAGCAGGGCGGACAUGGCGGACCGCCUCAGGGCGGACCGCCUCAGGGCGGAGAGCAAGGCGGAUCCGGUGGACAGCAGGGCGGACAGCAGGGGGGAGCUGGCGGGGAUCAGGGGGGUGCUGGCGGGGAUCAGGGGGGAACCGGCGGGGAUCAGGGUGGAGCAGGCAGUUCAAGCGUCGCCACUAGUGUGAAAGGCAGUGCGAUCAAUACAACAGGUGCCAAGGGUGGGAAGGGAGGCAAGGGCGGCAAGGGCGGAAAGGGAGGAAAGGGGGGGAAGGGUGGCAAGGGAGGAAAGAAGUGA